CCGAUAAUCGAUUCUGCAAAAAACGGAUCAAUCUCGCCCAUUGCUAGUGCACUUUCAUUUCAAUUUCUCUGAAGGAAAGAAAUAAAUUGUUUUUAAAUUGUUCAAUAUUACGAAUAGUGAAAAUGUCAUUGGCUAACAUAUUGAUUCGAAGAUCUUUCUCACUAAACCCGGUUUCUCGCUUCAGUGUUUCGGGUCCUUCUGCUAUUUCCGGCCAUGAAGCUGGUGGAUACAAAGUUUGGAAAAAGCUGUCAUUCUUUGUAGCUUUACCUGCUGUUGGACUGUGCAUGCUCAACGCCUAUCUAAAGCAUCAAGAAGAGCAUGGACAUCCACGUCCGGAAUUUGUGCCAUAUGAGCAUAUGCGCAUUAGAACAAAGCGUUUUCCUUGGGGUGAUGGAAAGAAGAGCUUGUUUCAUAACUCUCACACUAAUCCGUUACCUGAUGGCUAUGAAGAUUAAUUCUCUAAAAUAAACGAAAUAAUGUAGUGAUUUCGAAAUAAAGAUAGAAGAAUCCCGA